GCAGUAUCUCCACUUUGUGUUUAGCUGUUGAACAAUGGCUGGAGGUUGGUGUUUGGUUCAGAUUUUGGUGGUUUGUGCUCUCUGUCAUGCUGUUCCACAAUGGAGUAAAUCGCUUCAGGAUGUUCAGUCUCUGAUGACCCAGCAGUUUCAGCUUCAGAAGCCAGUUCAACAACCAACUAACCAGUGGCUUCCUCCACAAAAUAUGCUUCCGAAGCCAGUUCAACAACUGACUAAACCGCAGUAUCCGGUUCGGAAGCCAGUUCAGCAACCAGCUGACCAGCAGUUUCAGCUUCAGAAGCCAGUUCAACAACCAACUAACCAGUGGCUUCCUCCACAAAAUAUGCUUCCGAAGCCAAUUCAACAACUGACUAAACCGCAGUAUCCGGUUCAGAAGCCAGUUCAGCAACCUAAACCACAGUUUCCGCUUCAGAAGCCAGUUCAGCAACCAGCUGACCAGCAGUUUCAGCUUCAGAAGCCAGUUCAACAACCAACUAACCAGUGGCUUCCUCCACAAAAUAUGCUUCUGAAGCCAAUUCAACAACUGACUAAACCGCAGUAUCCGGUUCAGAAGCCAGUUCAGCAACCUAAACCACAGUCUCCACUUCAGAAGCCAGUAGUGCAGGCAGAUCCCCUUGAUAAAUGUGCUGUAGCUGAUUCCGAGCAGAUCCAAUGUGGUCUACCUGGGAUCAGUGGUGCUGAGUGUGAAGCUAUUAACUGCUGCUUUAAAGCACAGCAGUGUUUCUAUGGGAGGGCAGUGACUGUCCAGUGUAUUAGAGAUGGUCAGUUUGUGGUAGUGGUGUCUAGAGAUGUUACUCUGCCUCGACUGAGUCUGGAUUCGGUUCAUCUACUGGGUGGGAACGACCAACCUUGCGCUCCUGUGGGGUCCACACCUUCCUUUGCUAUAUACCAGUUCCCUGUGACUGCAUGUGGCACGAGCGUGAUGGAGGACGGCGGAUAUGUGGUGUAUGAAAACAGAAUGACCUCAUCGUAUGAAGUGGGGAUUGGACCAUAUGGUUCCAUCACAAGGGACAGUCAUUUUGAGUUUCUCUUCCAGUGUAGAUACUCUGAAACUUCUGUGGAAGCUCUGGUUGUGGAGGUCAACUCUGUUCCUCCACCUCCACCAGUAGCUGCUCCUGGACCUCUCCGGGUGGAGCUCAGACUGGCCAACGGCCAAUGUGUCACCAAAGGCUGUGCUGAAGGGGAUGAGGCCUACACGUCCUACUACAGUGACGCUGAUUAUCCCAUCACAAAAGUCCUGCGAGAUCCUGUGUAUGUUGAGGUGCACAUUAUGGAGAGGACUGACCCCAACAUUGUCCUGAUGCUGGGACGCUGUUGGACUACUUCAACCCCCAGUCCACUCAGUCUCCCCCAGUGGGACCUUCUGAUCGAUGGAUGCCCUUACCAGGAUGACCGUUAUCUGACCACACUGGUCCCAGUGACCGGAUCUUCUGGUCUUCAGUUCCCAACCCACUACAAGCGCUUCGUUGUGAAGAUGUUCACAUUUGUAGAUCCAGCCUCACUGGCUGCUCUGCAGGAAACCAUCUUCAUCCACUGCAGUACAGAGGUGUGCCAUCCAUCAUCUGGCUCUUGUGAGCAAAGCUGCACCAGGAAACGAAGAGACACUCCUAUCAAGGCAGUCUCUGGGGAGCAGACUGUGGUUUCUAGUGGAGAAGUUACUCUGGUCAUGUAAAUCUAGUUUUUAAUAAACUUUGCAGAACCCCAAGGUAUCUUGUCUAUUGGUAU